AUGCGUGUGCGCACGCUGCGAGCCUUUUCUACCGCGGCGACUGCGCGACAGAGCGCGCCACCUAGCCGCCACAUGGGCAAGGGCCAGCGGGCGCGCCGUAGUGCCGCCGAGCCGGCCGCACCGGCGCUGGACGAGGCGCUGACGCCCUCGACGCCCUGGGACCAGCCGCUCUUCCGCGAGGCAAGCCGGCGCCCCGCGGUGCCCCUGCCCAAGGUGCGCCUCGGUGCUGAUGUGCCGAUCGGCGAGCUCAAGAGUGCGCCGCUUACCCAAAAGGAGACGCACCGCGCAAACAAGCUGUUCUUCCAGCGCAACGGCGCCUGUGUGCUGGGCGGGUCUCACACCCCUCUCGUGCGGUAUGCGCCGCCGAUCGCCGUGCCCCAGGGUGUCGAGCUUGGCACGGGGCCCGGGAGGAAGGCCGUUGUCCGCUCGCUGCUCGAUGCACAGGUGCGGGCCGGCGACUAUACGCCCUACAAGGCGGGGCAGGCACUGCAUGACCCGUCGCUGCGGGCACCGGAGGCGGCGCGGACCCCGUCCUCGGCGGCCCUGCUCGCUGCCGACCAGGCGAUGAGCGCGAAUGCAUCCAUGCACCCCCUCGCGCGCCGCUAUGUAGUGGAGCGCAUCGCCGCGCAGCUCGGCGUGGCGUGCUAA